AUGAUGAUGAUCCAGUAAUCCGCGCAGUCUCCUCCUAUAACGGGCGGACCCGGAACACUCACCCCGGACCGAGCAACGGGGCCCGAGAGACCGAGGAGCCGGGGAGGACGGACCGGGAACAUGCAGGGGAACAGUGCGGAGGAGCUGGAGCUGGAGAAGAGCGUCCGGCGCCUCCGAGAGAAGUUUCAUGGCAACGUCCCGAUAGAGACGGCGGUGCUGCUGAUGAGAAAAUUUGCAAACAAUCAUGCCCAGGUGUGCCAAUGGAUCAUAUUGUGCAAGGAUGAACUCAAUGGCAUUGAUCCAGAUGACAGAAACAAUUUAAAAAAAGACAAGGUUGCAAUGAACGUGAUCAAUAAAAUGAAGAAGGACAAUGACUUGCCAAAGGACGAUUUAAGCUCCGACAAGGAUAUAAAGGAUCUGGCCGCCAGGUUGAAGUGUUUGCCCCUGACGGAAAAAAAUUUGAAGAUGUUUAACAACGCCUCCGAGAACCGAAUCCCCUCCAGCGACAGACAGUUUGCAUGCAAAGACUGCGACAAGAUGUGGUGGAGAAGAGUUCCUCAGAGGAAGGAGGUGUCAAGGUGUCACAGUUGUCGUAAAAAAUAUGAUCCUGUUCCAUAUGACAAGAUGUGGGGGAUUGCGGAGUUCCACUGCCAUAGAUGUGAUCGCUCUUUCAAAGGAUUUGCACAGAUGGGGCUUUCAUGCCCAUGUUACAUGUGCGCUUCUCCCGUCUUACCAAUUCGAAUACUCCCUCCUCGCCGAAAUAGUGGCCCACGAACCCGAAACCCUCACAGCUGCUUCGGAGAAAAUUGUUAUAACCGGAGAGAACCUUACAUUCCCGGCCUCCAGUGCGUCCAUCCCAGAAGCCUGUCCAAACAUAAGUGUCCCAAAGUCCUGCAUCCCAGCAUGCUUCACGUGAGCACAGGGUCCACGGUGGCCACAUGCCUCAGCCAGGGCAGCAUGGCCCAGUGUGAUCUGGAUGAUCUUAUUCUGGAUGACAUACAGGAGUCCGAUGAAGACGAGAGUGACAGCAACCACAGCUAGAAGCCAAGUCUGACGGGUCAACGUUCCAUUAUCAGUCUCCUAUGUUACAAUAGAGCCAUUUCCUAAAAACCUGUCUUACCUGAAAGCACCUACAUUACUAUUUACACAAGAAUGACAAUUCCAUCAUAUAUACUUGUUAUCGGAACUGCUCUUUAUUUUACGAGCAGGAACUUUCCAAUGAUAGAGCAGGGGAACAUGAAAACCAUGAAAGUUUAGUUGACAAUGGGGGGGGGGAAUCUGGGAAAGGAGGCAGGCAAACCAUAGAAGGUCAGAGGGUUUUGCAUUUAGACGGCCCCCAAAAGCCCCAGGGUUAUGUUGCCAACUGUGUUUAAAGGGUUUCCAAGCACGGGCAUAUCCCUAGGAUUAAUGGGGACCCAACUAUUUGCUAGAGUGAAGUGGCCAGUGUCUUCUAUGACUCUGAAGGGCAAAAGCGGCCACUUCUGGGGGGCUGAGCCAGCGGGUCUGGGUUAACCCUACUCUGCCAUGCCUACUUACAUAACAUCACAGCCUCUAGUGUCUGAAACGAGCUGGCCGGCCGAAAGUGCCACAGCUAGUCAGCACAUGCGCCAGAAACAACAGCACGGGCUCAGACACAGGGAUGUGCAGGUUGCCAGUCAAAUCGCCAUGACAUAAUGCAAGUAGGACCCGCAGGGCCAGCCCCCCGCAGAGCUAUUUUCUGGUGGCCUUUAUAUGCUGCUCCAUAAGUAAAAUACAGGCUGCCAUAAACAGCACCCUGCAUUCUGCUGAUAGAUUUAAACUGUAUUCCCAUCUUGACAUUUAUGGCCUAUCCACUGGGAUCUGGAUCCACAUCUUCAGAACAAAGGUCCUGAAGGGCGACAGCUGGCAAUGGUCAGGAAAUCAAGAAAGAGCCAAAUUUUAUGUAACUUCCAUGGAGGUUUAAGGGGUUAUCUGGUGUUUAAUAAAAACUAAUAUUGUGCUGGGCAAAAUAAAAUAAAAAACAUACUUACCUAUCCCCAGUCCCCUGUUGCUCCUGUUCGCCUCCAUUUUCUAUUCUUCCUGGUUCCGAGACAAGCGCUUGAUGCAGGACCUGCCAAUCUCUGGCCAAUACGGGACAGCACUGAGCCAGUAGGUCCUGCAUUGAGUGCUCCUCUCGGAAGCUGGAAGAAGAGAUAAUGGAGGUGAACUGGAGCAGGGGGGGGGGGGGGUCGGGGAUAGUUAAAGGAGAACUUAACCCAUAUCCACAGGAUAGGGGAUAAGUAGCUGAUCGUGGAGGGUCCUGCCUUGCAGACGAAUGCUUGAUGCAGGACCUGACGGCUCCACCAAUCACUGGCCAAGACGGGAAACCACUGCGGCCACUGAUUGGCUGAUCUGGCAUUUCCUGCAUCGAGCGCUCCUCUCAGAAACACAAACAAGAUAGAAUAGAGGUGAAUGGGAGUAGUGGGGGGAUUGGGGCUAGGUAAGUAUGUUUUGUUUUUUUCUUUCUAUUUUCUCCCCACCCCAGAACCAUACUAGUUUUUAUUAAACACCAGAAAACGCCUUUAAUGGUAGUUGUAUAAACAGAAUAGAACUAUGCUUUUUCUGUAUCUCAGAAGUUACUGACCACCCAUCUGACUGCCCAGAGGAUAGGUUAUAAUUGUAUGAUUGCUGAACAAUGGGAAUGGGGGGAUCCUGUGUCCCCCAUCUGAAAGGAGGGGCGCUGUGCCUGUCUAUUGCUGUCAGUCCCGUAGACAUUACAUCAGUGUUUCCCAACCAGUGUGCCUCCAGCUGUUGCACAACUACAACUACCAGCAUGCCCGGACAGCCGAAGGCUGUCCGGGCAUGCUGGUAGUUGUAGCUUUGCCACAGCUGGAGGCACCCUUGGUUGGAAAACACUGAAUUAGAUGCUUUGUACUUUGUUGAAGUAGGGGGACACCACUUUCAAGGACGAUCAAUUAUAACUUCUCUGCAGUCCUGCAACCUUAUGUUCCUGCUCGUAAAGGGAGGAAAUCCAACACAAAUUACCUAGAACGUAUGGGACUGUUAUUUAUGUCGUUUCCUGAUAGAUUAGUGAAGGCUCGCACUUUAUUGUCUUCCCCUCAGUGCCUUAUUCUGUUGGCUCUCAGGACUAUGCGGAUGAGUGACUUUUCAGCGUCCAUUCCUUUAGGGGGAACUUUCAGCCCCCAUGUUUUUACUUCAUGUUGUCUAUUCUUUAUACAUUCACUUAGAGCAGUGUUUUUUUUCCAACCAGGGUGCCUCCAGCUGUUGCAAAACUACAACAUGCUGAGAGUUAUAGCUUUGCAACAGCUGGGGGCACCUUGGUUGGGAAACACUGACUUAUAGUGUCCGUUGCCAUUUCACUUCUUGAAAUUAAAGGUUCGGCUGUUUUUGUUGUUUGUUUUUUUUUUGCAUAUAUUUUUGUUAAUAGACAAAAAAUAAAAAAUAAGAAUAUAAGUUUUCC